AAAUUCUACCGUCUUCAGACAACGCUUUAGCUGGUUACGGUUACGGACAUUGUGAACCGUCCUUAACAUGGGUGCUAGAGAUUCGUCAAGAAGUAAACAUGGCCAAUGGUGAGUACUAACAAAAGGAGUAGAAAAAAGCUUGCUGGUUAUAGUGCUGGACACGAAUCCGGUUCAGAAAUUCGUGCGUCAAGAUACAAGGAUAUUGACGCAAUGUCUGGACUCCGUUAUUGUAUUUGCCAAUGCCCACCUCAUGCAAAAGUCAAACAACCAGCUGGCCGUUAUGGCGUGCCAUUCUCAUUCCUCGACCUUCUUGUACCCUGACGAAAAGCUGAUGGAAGUCAGACAGAUAGAUGGACAAUACGAAGGUUUUAUGAUGGUAGAAAAAACAGUCAGACAAAAUUUGCAGAAAUUAAUUCAUGAAAUUGCUACAAAUAAACCUUUGAAUACUGAAAGCCUGAUCGGCGGAGCUCUGGCUAUGGCUCUGUGCUAUAUCGUCAGACUGGAACGGGAAAAAGUUGCCGGUGAAAAGAUAAAUUCAAGAAUUUUGGUUAUAACUGGUAGCAACGAUUCUGCAUCUCAAUACAUGAACUACAUGAACGUCUUCUUCACUGCUCAGAAAUUGGGUGUGGUAGUCGAUGUUUGCAGUUUGGAUCAAGAACUGGGACUACUUCAACAAGGCUGUGACAUAACGGGUGGAAACUAUUUAAAAAUACCACAACUGGCUGGCCUCUUGCAGUAUUUGCUGUGGGUGUUCCUUCCAGAUCCUAAGAUUCGCAGCAAGCUAGUCUUGCCUCCCCCAGUCAAAGUAGAUUACAGGGCGGCUUGUUUCUGCCAUCGAGAACUUGUUGAUGUUGGUUACGUCUGUUCUGUGUGUCUAUCGAUAUUCUGCAAGUUCAGCCCCAUCUGCACAACGUGUCACACCGUAUUCAAGAUGCCUGGUCCUAUGCCGAUGAAGAUGAAGAAGAAGAAGAAAAAUCCAGACGUAGUACACUGACUGUUAGUACUAUCAACUAUACUGUAUAAUUACCUAUGCCCGAUAUCCUCAUCUCUUUGUGAUAAAAAUUUGUAAAAUA